AGAAACAUGAAACGGAGUGGAAGCAGGCACUGUUUGCACAGGAGAAGUAGGUUCAGCUCCCGGGAGAGAGACUGGCUGAAAGAGGAUGUGAAGAGGGGCUGUGUCUACCUCUAUGGAGCUGAAACAACUGCUGCCACUGCCGCUGCCACCUCAUCCUCUUCAGAAUUACACCUCGUCCUUUGUACAGUAGACACAGCAGCAUCUGAGAUAUGUGCUGGAGAGGGAAAGGAAAGCCUUUAUUUACAGCUCCAUGGAGAUCUAGUCAGGAGGCUGGAUCCUGCUGAAAGACCUCUUCAGAUGGUGUAUGAAUAUUUAAGUAGCCUGGGCUUUGAGGAUCCUGUUCGUAUACAAGAGGAGGCAACAAACCCUGACCUCAGCUGUAUGAUUCGCUUUUAUGGUGAAAAACCAUGCCAGAUGGAUCAUCUAGACCGAAUCUUGCUAUCUGGCAUCUAUAAUGUCCGCAAGGGAAAGACCCAACUUCAUAAGUGGGCUGAGCGCUUAGUCGUUCUCUGUGGGACUUGCCUUAUUGUGUCUUCAGUGAAAGACUGUCAGACUGGAAAGAUGCACAUUUUGCCCCUUGUUGGGGGAAAGGUAGAAGAACUGAAACGACGGCAACACAGCCUCGCCUUUAGCUCUGCAGGAGCCCAGGCUCCGACUUACCACGUCAGCUUCGAGUCCUUGGCAGAGUGCCAGAGGUGGCACCGCCAGGCCUCCAAGGUGGUGUCACAGCGGAUAAGUACAGUUGAUCUCUCAUGUUAUAGCCUUGAGGAGGUUCCUGAGCAUCUCUUCUAUAGUCAAGAUAUCACCUACCUCAACUUGCGGCAUAACUUUAUGCAAUUAGAAAGACCAGGAGGCCUUGAUUGUCUCCAUAGGUUUUCUCAGCUGAAGGGACUGAACUUGUCUCACAAUAAACUUGGGUUAUUCCCCAUUUUACUUUGUGAGAUUUCCACUCUAACAGAACUCAACCUUUCUUGUAAUGGACUUCUUGAGCUGCCUGGUCAGAUUGGCAAUCUUCUUAAUCUUCAGACUCUCUGUCUUGAUGGCAACUUCCUCACUACUUUACCAGAAGAAUUGGAAAAUUUGCAACACCUUUCCACUCUUGGACUCUCGUUCAACAAUUUCAGCCAAAUUCCUGAGGCUUGUGUGAAGCUCUCAAUGUUAGAUAAACUGGCUAUGGCAGGAAACCAGCUAGAAGUCCUGAAUCUAGGGGUUUUGAAUGUAAUGAAGCAUAUCAAGCAUGUUGAUUUAAGGUUGAACAGUUUGAAGAGAACAGUUGUUGACAACAUGGAGGGGAACAAGCAUGUUAUUCACAUGGAUUUGCGUGAUAAUCAGUUGACUGACCUGGAUUUGAGUUCCCUGGGAAGCCUGCAGCAGCUUCACUGUGAACGGAAUCAACUGAGGGAUCUAACACUCAGUGGCUUCACCCUUCGGGCUCUCUGUGCCAACUCCAACAGGCUGACAACUGUGAAUGUUUAUCCAGUGCCCAGUCUGCUUACUUCCUUAGAACUCUCUAGGAAUCAAUUAGAAUAUAUUCCUGACUGGGUCUGUGAAUCAAAGAAGAUUGAAGUGUUGGACAUGAGCUAUAAUCUCCUAACAGAGAUUCCUAUUAGGAUUCUGAGUAGUCUGAGUCUUAGGAAGCUGAUGGUGGGUCACAACCAGUUGCAAAAUCUUCCAGGCCUUCUAGAACACAUUCCCCUUGAGGUCUUGGAUCUACAGCAUAAUUUACUUUCCAGAUUGCCAGAUACCCUCUUCUCCAAGGCCUUAAAUCUCAGGUACCUGAAUGCCUCUGCAAACAGUUUAGAGUCUCUGCCAUCUGCUUGCACUGGAGAAGAGAGUCUUAGUAUGCUGCAGCUCCUCUACCUGACCAAUAAUCAGCUGACAGACCAGUGUAUUCCUGUCCUGGUGGGACACCCGCAUCUCCGCAUCCUGCAUCUUGCAAACAACCAGCUACAAACUUUCCCAGCCAGCAAACUGAACAAGUUGGAACAUUUGGAGGAGCUGAACCUGAGUGGCAACAAACUAAAGACAAUUCCUACAACCAUUGCAAACUGUAAACAGCUGCAUACUCUUGUUGCACACUCCAACAAUAUCAGUAUAUUUCCAGAGAUCCUGCAUUUGCCACAGAUCCAGUUUGUAGAUUUAAGCUGCAAUGACUUAACAGAAAUUCUGAUUCCUGAGGCUUUGCCUCCUACCCUACAGGACCUUGACCUCACUGGAAAUACAAAUCUUGUUCUAGAACAUAAGACAUUAGACAUCUUCAGUCACAUCACCACCCUGAAAAUUGAUCAAAAACCCCUGCUAACAGCCGAUUCUGCAAGUACAUCGACCUUUUGGAGCCAUGGGCUUGCUGAGAUGGCUGGUCAGAGGAAUAAACUGUGUGUGUCCGCUUUGGCUGUGGAUAACUUUGCUGAAGGUGUGGAAGCCGUGUACGGCAUGUUUGAUGGAGACCGCAAUGAGGAGCUCCCCCGCCUCCUCCAGUGCACCAUGGCAGACGUGCUUUUGGAAGAGGUGCAGCAGUCGCCAACUGACACCAUUUUCAUGACUAACACGUUUCUGGUAUCUCACAGAAAAUUGGGAAUGGCUGGCCAGAAGCUAGGUUCCUCUGCUGUCCUCUGUUAUGUCCGACAUGAUACUGCAGAUCCUACAAGUGGCUUCACCCUGACAGUGGCCAAUGUAGGCACAUGCCAAGCAGUCCUGUGCCGAAAUGGGCAACCCUUGCCCCUCUCCAGACUCUUCAGCUUGGAACAAUGCCCAGAGGAGUUACAGCGAGUGAAAGAACAGAAAGCCAUCAUAACAGAGGACAACAAAGUGAAUGGAGUAACCUGCUGUACCCGGAUGUUGGGGUGUACGUACCUCUACCCUUGGAUCCUUCCAAAGCCCCAUAUAUAUUCCCUUCCACUUACAGUACAAGAUGAGCUGCUGAUCUUGGGAAACAAAGCACUUUGGGAACGCCUAUCUUUCCCAGAAGCUGUCGCUGCUGUACGGCAUGUCCAUGAUCCAUUAGGAGCUGCCAAAAAGCUGUGCACUUUAGCACAAAGCUAUGGUUGUCAGGACAACAUUGGGGCAAUGGUGAUCUAUCUGAAUGUUGGGGAAGAUAGUUGUACUUGUGAGGUGAAUGGGCUCACCCUUCCAGGCCCUGGGGGUUUUGCUUCAGCCACCACCAUUAGGGAUGCUCCAAAGCCAACCACCCCUUCCUCCAGUAGUGGCAUCGCUUCAGAGUUCAGCAGUGAAAUGUCUACCUCGGAAGUGAGCAGUGAAGUGGGGUCCACAGCUUCUGAUGAGCACAAUUCCACAGGCUUGGAUGCCAACCUGCUGCCAAGGCCAGAAAGACGCUGCAGCCUCCAUCCCAUGCCCACCUUGGGGAUAUUUCAGCGCCAGCCUUCUUGUGCCACUUUCUCAAGUAAUCAGUCUGACAAUGGCCUGGACAGUGAUGAUGACCAGCCAGUUGAAGGGGUCAUAACAAAUGGCAGCAAGGUGGAAGUGGAAGUAGAUAUCCAUUGCUGUAAAGGAAAGGGUCUUGAGGCAUCUCCUCCUGCUCUUGAAGAGGCUUCUCUGCCUUUAGGUCCUGAGGAAGACUCUGGAGGAUUGUUCUUUAGAUUCCGGAGACAGAACAGUGUGAACUGUGGGACACUCCUUCCAUUAAGCAGGGAGUUACAGAAAUCUCCAUCCACUUCUUGCCUCUAUGGGAAAAAACUCUCCAAUGGCUCUAUUGUGCCCCUGGAAGACAGCUUAAACCUCAUUGAGGUGGCCACAGAAGCACCGAAGAAGAAAACGGGAUACUUCUGUGCCCCAACUCAACUGGAGCCAGAGGAUCAGCUCAUUGUACCUCAUGACCUAGAAGAAGAAGUGAAGGAGCAGCUGAAGUCCCCCCAGGAUACCCGGAAUGUUGCAGAGCCCUGUGAGGAGGCGCAGGUGGACCGUCCUGAAGAGUUUGACACUGCUCUGUGACACUUAGGAAGGAGCUCUGGAGUCUGAGAAGGCUACGGACUCUUGGGCCCGUGGUCCUCCUGGACAUGUUUGGCUCCUCUGUUGGCCACCCACACUGUAGAUGGAUAGAAAGGAGGUGCUUGCUUAGAGGUAAAAAAUGAAUGCAGCCGGCGUCUUAUUUAGAAUGAACAAGAAAUCACCAUCAGUGUUGGAUUGAAAAUUUAACUGGCUUUGGAAUUCCCUGGAGAGGAAGAGAUGGUC